AUUGUUACUGAAGAAUUCCAAUUCCCUUCACUAAAUGUUGAAAUUCCAUAUCCUUAUGAUGGCGUUAUUAUAAUUCCUUUUAGAACUACUGAAGCAUUUAUUAAUCAAGAACAAGCACCAAAUAAUCCUUUAUGA